AUGAACGACAGUGAGAACGAGACAUGGGUCGUGGAGCAAAACAUGACCUGUGACCCCUGGCAUCCUGUGCAGAACAUUAUCUUGCCCCUCGUGUAUCUGGUGGUGCUGUUUGUGGGGCUCCUGGGUAACUGCGUGGCGUUGCUGAUCUUCCUGCAGAAAGCCAGGAAGAUAAAGAAGGCGAUCCGUGUGUACCUCAUCAACCUGACCCUGGCUGACAUCCUCUUCAACUGCUUGCUGCCCUUCUGGAUCAUUUAUUACUUCAGAAGAGGGGACUGGGUGCUGUCGGAAGGGGCGUGCAGGGUAGUUGGAGCUCUCUAUUACCUGGCCACGUACAGCGCCAUCACCUUCAUGAUCCUCAUCAGCUUGAACCGCUACUGCACAGUGAGCAAGCGCAAGCUGUUCCUGACUGAGCACCAAGGAGCAGUCUACACAUCUGUGGCCAUCUGGCUGGUGUGGCUGGCCUGCUCCAUCCCCGCUAUAACCGAGCAGCAAACCUCACAUCGGGACCCCAGCUUCACUAAGUGUUUCGAAGACUACGCGGACCGCAGCAGCUACGUGUACGUAUCGUUUGCCUUCUUCCUGCUGUCACUCCUCAUCGUGCUGACCAGCUACAUCUCCAUCAUACAAUCUCUCAGUCCCCAACAGAACAACCCCACAAAGCCGCAGGGAGCUCACCGCAGACGGGCACGCUCCAUGGUGCUGGGCAUGCUGCUGGUGUUUCUGAUCUGUGUCCUGCCCUAUCAUGUCUCCCUCAUCCCCUGGACAUUAAACAAAGUCAGAUCCACAGCCAGCUCUGCCUGUGGGCCUGUGGAGCCGGUGGACAUUGUACACAAACUGAACCUGGCUUUGCUCAGCCUCAAUAGCUGCAUUGAUCCCAUCAUCUACUGCUUCUCCGUCAAGCGAUUCCGUAGGGAACUGAUUAAAACCAUGGGAAAGCUGCUGGGACGCAUAACAUUCCAGUCCCACAUCACCGAACCCUCGGAAUCCCACAUGGCAUCGAACUCGUUCACCAGCUCUUAGACGUGAAGCUAACCAGGAGCUGCGUGUGACUCCCAGCUUCAUGUCAGCCCUAGCCCACAGCGCCAGCCACCGGGAAGGUUUCCAUUUCAGUUUCAAAUGAAGACUCGGGAACAAUGUAAACAUUCUCACCUUGGACUGUCCUCUCCUGGCCCUGUCAGGGCCUGCUGGUUAUUGGAGCAUCCAUUUGUGAGUGUUUGGAACAACAACAACAAAUGACAUUUGUCUAGCGUCUUUCACAUCUGGAGGGCAAGGUGAUGUGGUUCUGAGGGAACACAAAGGGUAUAAUUUCCCUUUUGCAUUUGUUCAGGAAUCCAGUUAAGAAACAUUGCACAUUGGACUCCUUUAAUGUUUCCGGAAAUGUUACGCGAUGAUAUUAAACGUGCAGAUUUAUGUGGUACGAGCGGGGGAGUAGGACUAGUUGCAUAGCUCUUUCAGAGAGCUGGCACAGGCACAAUGGGCUGAAUGACCUCUUCCUGUACUGUAAGAUUCUAUGAUUAAAGGUAUCGCCGUCUUGGUUGGCGAUGUUUUAUUUCAGUUCGGGAAUUGAAAGGCAUUUUGUUUACCGUAGUAACUUUGUCCAAGUCAUGCGAGACUGUGUUAUGAUAACCCUCUUAAAGUCACUGAGACCUAUGUCAUUUUAAGUCAGAUAUGUCAAAGGUUUUCCAUGAUGCCUGUGUCCCUGUGAUUAUUGUGUACAGAGGGAAACAGAAAAUGAAACAUUGAGGCUAUAGUUAUACCCUUUCUGUCGGCAGUUCACACAGAAUGGUGGAAAUGUGUGGUUACUGCACACGCUGCUUCACACUGGAGAGCACUUUACUAGUUACCAAAUGAGUUUUGCUGUCCUCGGGAGGCUGCUAAUGGCUGUCAGAUGUUGCCAUGUCUCAGAUCUAAGUGAGAGACCAUCACGGAGGUGAGAGAGCCAGAGCUGGCUAACCAUCACCUCAGACAUGGGAUCCGUGCCACACACCGGCUGCCUGGCCAACACCGUAGGCUGGCACCAAACCCUGCCAUCAUGUGACCAGUUUUUGAUCUGUGACCAAACCCUACAGAUGUGACCACUAUGGAUGAGACUAUAAACCGAGCUCCGUCUGCCUGUUCAGGUGGACGUUAAAGAGUUUCUCUC